AUGAUACCUGGUGAGAUUUUUGCCGAAGAUUUGAUGAGUACAGUAAUUCGGUAUGGACUAUAUAUUGGAGCAGCUUUCCAGCUGGUCUGUUUGCUAGCUUGUGUUACUUUAACCGAUGAGCAAAGUGAAUCUCACCCUUACGAAAAGGCAUAUACUGACAGUGAUGAAUGCAGCUCUGAACAAUCAUCACCGGGCCACAGGGCAACUAUGUCUCGUGCUCGGCGACAUGACAAAAAGAAGAGGCGUUAG